AUGAGCUCCGGCAGCAGCAGCAGCGGCAGCGCCGCCGCCAAGCAGCUCAUGCGCGGCCUCUUCCUGCGGCCCACGAGCUUUCAGAUCAGCAACAUGGCGCAGUCGCUCGCCGUGCUGCAGCACUUCCACCGCCUCGCCCAGCGUGCCGACGCUGCGGCCGCUGCAGCGGCGCGCGAGGCGGGCGACGGAGCACGGCGCCUGGAGCAUGGCGGCCUGUACAGCGUCUUUGUGCCGCGGAAUGCCCUGCAGCAGCGGCCGCUGCGCUGGAGCUUCGCCGCCGUGUCGCCCGACGCAGCGCGUGCCAUCGUGCCCGCCGCCCUGCCGACGAUGCACCAGGUCGAGGUGCCGCGCGCCUCGGCGAUACGACGUAGCUACAUCGGCCUGCGCGACAUUCAGCCGUACGUCAACUUGCCGCUCACGCCGAAGGAGGAGAGCAUGCUGGAUGGCCUGGCGUACGAGCAGGCGCCUGAUGAGGAUGAGAAUGGCGCUGCCGACUGGGACGGGGACGAGCAGGAGCGAGAAGACGCAGACAUGGGCUGGACCAGGGAUUUGGCAGACGAUGCGUAUGCGGGCGAAGCGGCGGGAAAGUUUGUGGGAAAUGAGCAAGCAGACGCUGCGGCGUCCUCGCCGGUGCGCCGAAAGGACACGGUCACCAUCGAGGUCAAGGCGGAGAUCAUGACCGGCUUGCUUCCGCGGACCUCGGCGGCCAGCCACGCCAAGGCCCAGCACCAGGAGUCCGAGGCACGCCGCUUCCUGCAGAUCUUCGACGGCUUUGCCAGCUCGACGCAGCAGGCGGCACGCAGACGCCGGGACACGCCUCUGCACCAUGCGCAUCUGCCCGAGCGACCGAUACGCGACACGAGUCACAUCCAGCGCCGCACUCGCUUUCGCCCGGCACGGGCCGAGAAGGCGGCUCGUCGUGCUAGAGGCGAGGACGACGACUGA